AUGCCGCGAUCUUCUCGUACAGGUCAAUUGCAAUUCGAUCCUGAGAUCGAGAAGACUGCAAAGAGGUUGAGGAAGGAGACUAAAGUGCGCAAGAAUCAAGCCCUUUCAUCAACAUCCCUUCAAUCAAAUACCACAACUGAAUCAACUGCCUCUUGUUGCGAUCCUGAAGUAGAACAAGAAAUGGCCAAAGAACAAAGAACGUUGCGGCAGCUUUCUGCACCAAAUGUUAAUCAACAACCACUUUGUAUUCAACAUCCUGCUUUAGAGGUUGGUUUUGAAUUACGGUCAGGUUUGAUUCAAUUACUUCCAACUUUUCGUGGACUUGAAAAUGAAAAUGCACAUAAGCACCUAAAGGAGUUCCACGUGGUGUGUUCGAGCUUCAAACCCCAAGGAGUAACGGAGGAUCAAACCAAACUGCGUGCCUUCCCAUUCUCACUAGCCGAUAGAGCAAAGGAUUGGUUAUUUUACCUUCCUUCUCGCUCGAUAACCACAUGGAAUGAAAUGGUAAGAUUGUUUCUUGAAAAGUUUUUUCCAGUGUCACGAGCUGCCAAUAUUAGAAGAGAAAUAUGUGGCAUCAAGCAAAGAGACAUAGAGACUGUCCACGAGUAUUGGGAACGCUUCAAGCAAUUGUGUGCAAGUUGCCCCCAACAUGGAGUUUCUGAACAACUCCUCAUUCAAUAUUUCUAUGAAGGGUUGCUUCCCAUGGAGAGGAAGAUGUUGGAUGCAGCUAGCAGAGGGGCUAUAUUAGCUGUAGGAAAUAUGCAGCAAGUAAAAGCUUGUGGGAUAUGUGCUGCUACUGGACACCAAAUUGACAUGUGCCCAACACUUCAAUACGAUUCGUGUGAGCAAGCUAAUGCAAUUGGAGGGUUUCCAGGCCAACCAAAAAGAAAUUAUGAUCCCUACUCAAAUACAUAUAACCUAGGAUGGAGGGAUCAUCCAAAUUUCAGCUACAAGCCGCGUCCACAAUUUCCACAGUUUCAACCUAGACAACUAAUUCAACAACCUUCAUCUUCACAACAAUCAUCUUCUAAUUCAGGUAUGUCACUGGAAGAUAUUGUUAAAUCACUUGCUACUAACACACAACAAUUUCAGCAAGAAACAAGAACAAGUAUUCAACAUUUGGAAAGUCAAAUGAGCCAAUUAGCAUCAACCGUGAGUAGAUUGGAGUCUCAAGGUAAAUUUCCCUCACAAACUGUUGUAAAUCCAAAGCAAAAUGCAAGUGCAAUUACCUUGAGAAGUGGGAAAGAGCUACAAGAACCUACUCAAGUGAAAAGCAUACACAACCGAGAUGAAGAAAAGGAAAAAGAAGUCCAUCCACCCCAAAAUGAUCAAAAGCUUGUCAAAGAACAUCCGGGGGCUGUGGUAAUUCCUCCCCUUUUUCCUGGUAGAUUAGCAAAAUCAAAAAAGGAUGAAGAACAAAAAGAAAUACUUGACACAUUUCGAAAGGUUGAGGUAAAUAUUUCUUUACUUGAUGCUAUUAAACAAAUUCCUCGAUAUGCCAAAUUUCUUAAAGAGUUGUGCACAAAUAAAAGAAAGUUGAAUGGCAAUGAAAUGGUAAGCAUGGGGGAAAAUGUUUCAGCUGUUCUAUAA